AUGUCGGGGCGAAAAACUUCUGAAAAAUAUCAGAAGUUCAGAUUUGAAUUAGUGAUUGAAGAAGGACAAUACCUGGCAUUGUGCUUAAUUUGCAAAAAGACAUUAAAAAAUACCACGGAACAAAGGUUAAAGACCCACAGAGCAAAAUGUGCAAUGGUGAACUCGAAGGAUGCUGUUACAAAGUCAACUGAGCCACCAAUUUCUGAUCAAGCGGAAUCUCCUGGACCCAGCUCUCAAACGUCACAGAAUGCGUCCCCUGCUACUGUUGCGUGUGAUAUUUCAUCACAAGCUGCAUCUUCGUCAUCGUCAACCGUUCAAGCCUUGAAACGAAAAGGAGAGUCAUUACAAGGAGGACCAAGGAGAAAGGAUCAAAAGAUGGAUAACUUCGUUGACUCCAUUUCCAAAAAUGAGAUCGGUAAGAUCACCAUGUCGAUUGCCAGAUUUGUUUUUCAAGCAAAUCUGCCGCUAUCAGUGGUUGAGCAUCCGGCAUUUGUGGAAAUGUGGCGCAAUGCAAGGCCAUCAUACGCAAAGCACAUCCCAACACGGAAGAUGAUUUCCACGACUCUACUCGAUCAAGUGUAUGAGGAAAACAUCGAGUCUUCCUCAAAUGCUUGUGGGAGUGAGUCGGUUUUGCUAAUUGAUUCCUGGAAAAACUCUUCCAAUAUGAAAGUAUUGGCCUUUCUUCUUCAAACCACUGAAGAUAAAGCCGUGUUUUUAGAUGCAUAUAAUGUUUCUACUGACUCAGAGACCGGAGACUUCCUGAUGAGAAAGGUGCAAUUGGCGAAAAAGACAGCUUUAGAAAAAUACAAAUGCACUAUAUAUUGCGUGGUGUCUGAUAAUGCCAGUAAUAUGGUGAGAAUGGGAAAAGAUGUUGCUCAUGACAUGUUGCAUUUUACUUGCAAUGCACAUUCUGCUAAUUUACUUGGAAAAGAUCUGAUGGAAACAAACAAAACCCUCGCUGAAAAUGUGAUGAAGAUCUUGAAAGAGUUUAAGAACUCUGGAUUGGAAGCGAAAGUCGUGGAAAAGGGAGGACAAAGGAUAAAACUCAUAUGUGGAACAAGGUGGUGCUCUUACCGAGAUUCGUACAAAUGCCUCAUUGAUAAUCUGCAAUAUAUGAAAACUAUUUGCGCAGAAGAGAAACAAAUGCGGCAGGACGUUGUUACUCUUUUGUAUAAUUCAGAUUUCAUUCAGGAAGUCAAUAAGUACAUACGUAUUUUCGAUCCUGUUUGCGAGACAAUUAAUCUGUGCCAAAAGAGUGAUUUUUCAUUAGCAGAAGCAGCUGACUUGUGGUUGGGAUUGAAAACGAAGUUUCCACCUGAAUAUGAAAAAAUUUGGAAACCACUAUUGAAAAAGAGAAAGGCGAAAGUCUUGAAUGCGCAGAUGCUCACUGCCCAUUUUCUACAUCCUUGGUUAAAGAAGGAAGCCCUGAAUUCAGAACAAAUGAAGAUAGUUGAUUCCUAUCUUGUAAAAACUCUUGUGAAAACAUCGGAUGGAUUGCAAAGCCUGGUAGAUUACAAGGAGAAAAGAGGGCUGUUCGGAACUCUGUUUGAGAACGAAGUGGGGAACCCUAGCGGGGCAUUGCUCUUCUGGAAAACAAGCAAAACACAACAUCCGACCCUCGCAAAACUUGCCAUUAGGCUUCUCAAAAUCCCAGCGAGUACUGGCCAAAUUGAGAGGGCAUUCUCUCAAUGGGGAAUUGUGCAUUCUCAAAGGCGAAAUCGCCUUAAUUUUGAAAGAUCCAAGAAAUUAUUACAUAUUUAUUAUGCGGCUAAAUUGGACCAAAUGUUGAUAAGAUCACCAAAUCAAGAAAUCAGCGAAAUUCAAUCGGAGGACACGGACGAGUUGGACUGCGAAUCAAAUUUGGACCUGUUUGAAGAUCUUUAA